CUCUGAUACAUCGACUUAUCUGCAGACAGGAACCAAGUCUCAGUGUCCGCUACUCAAUGUCUCGUCGAUAGAGGAAGGGUGGAUGCUUGAUGCUGCAUGCUGCAUGGCUGCAGGUAAGUUACAUGGUACACUACUCUAGUGCCUGUUUACACAACGUAUCUCUCCUAACUUAGUCGCUGUCUGGUCCAACUCCAAUUCUUGUCAUCGAGUCUUCUCCCUCUCCCUCCCAUCGCCGUAGGACGACACCUGUACAGUCUCUCCUCCUCAUCCUUUCGCCAUCCCGUUUAGUCACACCAGCCGAAUCAGGCUCUUUGCUAAGCCGCGACCCCAUUCUUCGGCUUCACUCUUUUGACGUCGCAUCAGGCGCGUACUCUCGGUUAGUACGGCAAGCAUCGUAGCAUGGGUGCUGCUUGUUGCAAGCCAGAGGCUAUCGAUUUUGAGGGCGAUGUCAAUCUCUUCCACUUUUAUCUACUACGGAGCGUCGGGAAGGGGGCUUUUGGAAAAGUCCGAGUGGUCCAACAUAAACACACAAAAACAUUAUACGCCCUCAAAUACAUCAAUAAGGCGAAAUGUGUCAAGAUGAAAGCGGUGGCCAACAUAGUACAGGAGCGUAGGCUAUUGGAGGAGAUCGAUCAUCCCUUUGUUGUCAACAUGCGGUACGCUUUUCAGGAUGAUGAGAAUUGUUUCUUUGUGUUGGACCUGAUGUUGGGAGGGGAUCUCCGAUUUCAUCUUGAUAGAGCUGGGGCUAUGAGCGAGGAAGUGGUCCGAUUUUACGUCGCGGAGCUGGUCAUGGCCGUCGACUACCUACAUUCAAAACGAAUUGUUCAUCGGGAUCUGAAGCCUGACAAUGUGUUAUUGGAUGAACGAGGUCAUGCCCACAUUACCGACUUCAACAUUGCCGUGCAUUUUUCAGAUCGAAGAUUAUUAACAGGAGUCGCCGGUAGUAUGGCAUAUAUGGCUCCAGAGGUCUUGACGAAACGAGGUUAUUCUGCCCCAGUGGACUUCUGGUCAUUAGGCAUAUUAGCGUACGAACUUCUUUUCGCAAAACGGCCAUUUCGUGGUCGGACCAAUACAGCCCUGACGAAUGCAAUAUUACACGAACCCUUGACCUGGCCCGAAGAAGCCCCUGGGAAGUGUUCGACGGAAGGGAUGCACGCCAUUCGCACUUUCUUGGAACGUGAUCCCAACAAACGACUGGGUUAUCGGCCAGGAGGCGGUGGCUUCGAGGACAUCAAAUCGCACCCGUGGUUUCGCGGCAUCGACUGGAACGCCUUGCAUAAUAAGGAGGUUUUACCACCAUUUGAACCUGACUCCAAGCGAGCCAAUUUUGACGCUACACAUGAGUUAGAAGAGUUAUUGUUGGAAGAGAAUCCUUUGAAAGCUCGCAAGAGGAAGGAGGGACAAGAUCCAGACUCGAUGAGCCCAGAAACGCGGAUGAUGGAAGAACACUUCAAACUCUUUGACUACACAAAAGCCACCAGAAGAUCAUAUUAUCAUUCGGCCUCCGUCAGCGGUCAAACCACCUCGGGCGCCACUUCUACCACCGCCGCCUCACUCGACAAAAAACCACCCCGAACCGUCCCGAAGAACGCGACACAGUACAGCCCUAGUCGACCGGCCACGCCCAGUGACAGAACAGGGGUCAUCAGCAAGACUGGCUUGGACGUGGAGGCCCAAAUCCUGGAUGGGGGUGGAAUGGCGAACUUGGGAGGGCGAGGAGGAUGGCGGUCUUCUGAGCUUGACAUUCCUCUCGAUAGUCUUGAUCGCCGAACUAGCCCUCUCCGUCAAUCAACACCGCUCCGGGUUUCCACUGCACCUCCGGAAGAGCAUCCUGAUCAGGAAAUGCUCGGAGCGGCUAUAUAACAGUUUUCAGACACACGGUUAUUUAUAGUAUUCAUUUUUGUUGGGCAUCUUUUACAUGACAUCAGUGGUGUCUACGAUUUCUUCCUUAUCGUAUUCUUACAUUCGCCAUUUCGAAUAAAUUGUAUAUAAUCCCGGAUUGGUAACUUUUUUUUGGACAUGUUUGGCUUUUGACAAAUGUAUAAUGCCACUGCUUUCC